CAACCUCCUGCAAGAAUUUACGUAGCUAGAAUCGCAUAAAUCUCGCGUUCAUAAGACGUUUUCAAUCAGCCAAUCACCUUGACACAAUAAUCAACUUCUCUUUCGCAUCGAACGCGUUAAUUCGGUUAAAACAGUAAUUAAUGCACGAAUCCCACCCCGAACGCUGUCGAUAUUCGGCGGUGGUGAAGUGGUGAACGUGUGGCGGAGCGUUUUCGGCGUUUUUGCCGUGGUUCCAAUCCAAAUGACCGGCAUCGUCGUACCCCUACCCCGCAGGAAGGAUCGAAAGUAAAAUUGUCGUAAUGGAAACGGCACCGCUCAGUCAGUUUCAACUUCGGUCAGCAGGAGGAUCAAGUCGAACACUUCGAAAUGGCUAAAUUGAUCAUCUUGACCGUCUUGGCCGUCGUCUCCGGCGCUUGGUGCUACUCAGCCGGCGCCCCGGAAUCGGUGUGCGACGACAUGACCCCCAAACAUCCGGUGGAGCCGCAGAAAUCCAAGCUUCCUUACACCGUGUCCGUGAACAAGAAGGAAGUGAAUGCCGGCGACGUCGUUGAGAUCACCGUCGGCGGUAAACCAUUCAAGGGGGUGUUGCUGCAGGUCAGAGAGGGAAACAAGGCGGUGGGAAGCUUUUUGAUCCCCGACGAUGACAAGUACACCAAAGCCAUCACUUGCCACGGAAACAAGGGCAGUGCCGCCACCCACAAGAACUCGACCGACAAGAAAGAUCUGGUGUUCAAAUGGAAGGCUCCCCAGGCUUCAGGAAACUAUGUAGUCUACCUCACUGCUGCUCAAGAUGGAGGAGUCUUCUGGGUGGCCAAACCAACCCAGACCAUUAAAGUAAAAUAAAUGUUAACUGUCGAUAGUUUUAUGUUUUAAGAUUUUAACCACGUGAGUUGUGAUUUUCAAAUAUAUUAUAUAUUUUAAUUUCA